AUGAAGCAGGCAAUUGAACAAGCAGGAUCUAUGUUCACUGGCUGGAUAUCCUCCUGCUCGUUCUGCGUGCACGCCGGGAAUGACGACGAGAGUUAUCAUCAUCAUCAAGAAGCCAUGCAGCGUAGAGGUGCCGAACGGGAGAUGAAGAUAUGCCACACCCAGCAACCGCGUCUCAUUCCCCCGAUGAAGCCUUUCGUCUACGAUGAAGCUCCGACCCCACCACGCCCCCGACCCCGGACGCCAUCCUUUCCCUCAUGGAUGCUCGAAAGCAAGAGCCGGGCCAGCAUCUCUCUGAAGAGGAAAUCGACCGCCGCGCCGCCCAUCCGCAUCAGCGCCCCGUCCGACUUCCGACGAGUGUCGACCUUCCGGCCUGACGCCGAGGUUGCAGUGGCGGAUGGAUUGUUCUCUCCGCUGGAGCUGAGCUUCGAGACCCCAGGCCGCCAGCUGCCCGCCCUGCCUCACUUCGAGGACUUUUCCCUCGAGACCGAUCGUCGUUCCCCGGUCAGCAUCAUCCGGCCUCCGCGAGCUGUAGCCCUAGCCGGCGAGAGAAGUCGUCCGCCUCAGCCGACUCCGCGAGCCCAGCAUCGACCGUCGUCCUCAUUCCAGCUGCCCCGCAAGCCUGUGGGCUCUGGAUCACGUCGUUCGUCGCUCGCAGCGCAUGAGUACCUUGGUGUUGGGGAGACACAAGCCGCCGCCACCACCACCACCAGCAACAACAGCAGAAGCAGUCCCUUCAUCCCUCACUUCUCGAGUCGCAGUUCAUCUGCUAUUGCUAUCGUACCAAGCACAAACACAGACAACCAAGCUCCGCCCCGACAAUCCAUCAACGCAGCAGCAGCAGCAACAAGAACAACAACAUUCAAAGCCCCCAGAACACCACCCCACCCGACCAACCUGCAGGACAGGCCGCUACCAUGCAUCCCCACCCCAGAAGAAGACGGCGAAACCUCCGCAUCAUCGCGAAGCACAGCCUCCUCCACCCAUCCCCCCAGAACCCCCACCGACGACCGCGAACGAACCCCCUCCCGCUCCGGCCGCGUCACACAAUGGCUAUUCCACGCCACCAGCAGCAGCAACAGCAACAGCAGCAGCCCAACCACGAAAAACCAGUCCCCGGCCCCCUCCCCUCCCGCCUGGCUGAAACAGGAGAACCCUCCCCAGAAAGGGGGUAGCAGUCCCUUCCGCAUCCGCUCGCGCACCCUCAGCGGAUCGACGCUCGCCUCCUCGAUCACGAAUCUAACCGGAGGGGUGGGAGGAGGCUUCAAGGGCAGCAGCGUCAGCAGCAGCACAGCAACAUGCCCGGCUCCUCCUCCUGCUGCUGCAAAGGGAAUCCCCAACAAAGAGCUAGGCAGUCCGUUCAUCCCGCGGGUGGCGGAAGACCGCAGCGUGUACCCCACUAUCUUCGAGAGCGAAUAUCAUCACCACCCGCAGCAGCAGCGACACUCCCACCCCUCCCACCACCAAGAUCAAGAAGAGUACGAAGACCUGCGCCAAUCCCAGUAUUACGAGAACUACCGACACUCGGCCGUUGGACUUGCCUUCUGA